AUGAACAAUGUUUCCACAGCAAAAGCAAUUUCCAUGAAAGUAGAUGAAUAUGCAGUAAAGGAUGAAAAAGAAAUCUCGACCUCAAACGAAGAAUAUAAGUUUAAGGAAGGUAGCGGCAAAGAAUUGUCUGAUUUCAAAAAUUUGAGCAAAAAUCAAAAGACAUCGACGUUUGCAGAAUCUUUAAAAAAAUUUCAAUAUCCUUUAGAAAGCCCAAGGUUUAAGCACGAAGAAAGUGUGGACGUGGAUCGUCUAGGUGCUGAUUUCCCUAAUGAUGAAAAAAAUGAAUUGCUCGAUUCUACCCUACAAGUGAAAAGAAAGCGUGGACAAAGUGCUUUGGAACUAGAAUUGGAAAAAGGGUCUUCUAUAAAGCGAACAACCAGAAAAACCACAAAUAGAAUCCAAAAAGGUUCUUUACCUGAAAACCUGCCUGGAGUACCCGACCAUAUACUUGAAAAUCCCUAUGCUAUCCUAGUAGGUCUAAAUCCUGGAUUAACUUCUUCUUUGCGAGGUCAUGCGUACGCUUCACCGAGCAAUUCCUUUUGGAAAAUGUUGAACAAGAGCGGUAUUUUGGAAGAAGGUGCCGAGUUUACAUACGAGAACGAUCAAGAUCUUCCAGUCCAUGGUUUAGGGAUAACAAAUAUUUGUGCUCGACCAUCAGCCAGUGGUGCAGACUUAAGCAAGGAAGAAUUCCGCGAAGGCGCUUUUAUAUUGGAAGAAAAAGUUCAUCGGUUUCGUCCAAAGGUAGGCCUGUUUAUUUCCGGAAAAGGAAUAUGGGAAGAGAUGUACAAAGCUACCACAGGAAAUAAGCGACUCCCAAAAGAUUUUAGAUUCGGUUGGCAGAAUGAAACUUUUGGAGGCGCUCGCGUGUUUGUUGCUAUUAGCUCCAGUGGACGAGCUGCUGGAUACUCCAAUGCCCAGAAGCAAGAGCUUUGGAAUCUGUUCGCUAAGGAAGUUAAUCUCGCUCGCGAGUUUGAUCGCCGCAAUCAAUGA